UAGGGGUCCAGAGCUGGAGGAGGGAGCAGUAGCAGGUCUCCAGUAUCAUCACAGAGCUACAGCUAGCUGUCACCCGGCUGUUUUGAUACAAUGAUGGAAGAUGAAGAAUUAGAAUUUGUGGAGGAUUUGGACGCAAUUUUACACCUUACUCCCGAAGUGCAGCUGGCCAUCGAACAGGUGUUUCCCAGUCAGGAUCCACUGGAUCGAGCUGAUUUCAAUGCAGUUGAAUACAUUAACACUUUGUUUCCGACGGAGCAGUCACUGGCAAAUAUAGAUGAAGUGGUAAACAAGAUUCGCCUGAAAAUCAGACGCCUGGAUGACAACAUCAGGACAGUGGUGAGGGGACAAACUAACGUGGGACAGGAUGGCAGGCAGGCCCUGGAGGAGGCUCAGAUAGCCAUCCAGCAACUGUUUGGCAAAAUUAAAGACAUCAAGGACAAAGCGGAGAAAUCUGAGCAAAUGGUAAAAGAGAUCACCCGGGACAUCAAGCAGCUGGACCAUGCAAAGCGUAACCUAACCACGUCCAUUACUACCCUUAAUCACCUGCACAUGCUAGCAGGAGGGGUGGACUCUCUGGAGGCCAUGACACGCAAGAGGCAGUAUGGGGAGGUGGCCAACUUGCUCCAGGGAGUAGUCAACGUGCUGGAGCACUUCCAAAAGUAUAUGGGCAUCCCUCAGAUCCGCCAACUGUCUGAAAGAGUGAAAGCAGCACAAAGUGAACUAGGCACACAGAUCUUAGCUGACUUUGAUGAGGCUUUUCCUGCUCAGGGCUCAAAGAGACCUGGAGGCCCCAGCAUUGUGCUUAGAGAUGCCUGCUUGGUGGCCAAUGUCCUGGAUCCUCGCAUUAAGCAGGAAAUAAUCAAGAAGUUCAUUAGGCAGCAUCUCUCUGAGUACCUGGUGCUCUUUCAAGAAAACCAGGAUGUGGCAUGGUUGGAUAAGAUUGACCGGCGCUAUGCAUGGAUAAAGCGUCAGCUAGUGGACUAUGAGGAGAAGUACGGGCGCAUGUUUCCUGAAGAGUGGUGCAUGACCGAGCGUAUCGCUGUGGAGUUUUGCCAUAUCACCAGGACUGAACUGGCCAAGCUGAUGCGAGCUCGUGCCAGGGAGAUUGAGGUCAAACUCUUGCUCUUUGCUAUACAGAGGACCACCAAUUUCGAGGGGCUGCUGGCUAAGCGCUUCUCAGGCAGCACCUUGAGUGACAGCCCUGGGAAGAGACCUGAAACGCCCUUGGAGCCCACUAACCCUUUUCUGGAGGAUGAGUCAGGAGAGGACAAUGUUUCUGAGAAGGAUGAAGAUCUGGUUAGGCCGAAGAAGCCUAAGACCCCAGAGAACCCGUUCCAUGGCAUUGUUUCCAAAUGCUUCGAGCCUCAUCUCUAUGUCUACAUAGAAUCCCAGGACAAGAACCUCGGGGAGCUGAUUGACCGCUUUGUGGCUGAUUUCCGAGCGCAAGGUCCCCCUAAGUCAGGCACAGAAGAAGGGGGAGCUGUGUUACCCAGCUGUGCAGAUCUCUUUGUAUACUAUAAAAAGUGCAUGGUGCAGUGCUCUCAGCUGAGCACAGGAGAGCCCAUGAUUGCCCUUACUACCAUCUUCCAGAAGUACCUGCGCGAGUAUGCCUGGAAGAUCCUGUCUGGGAACUUGCCCAAGACAAGCAGUAACAGUGGCGGUCUGACCAUAAGCAGUCUAUUAAAGGAAAAAGAGGGUUCAGAGGUGGCCAAAUUUACCACAGAAGAGCUCUGUCUUAUUUGUAGUAUCCUCAGCACAGCUGAAUACUGCCUUGCUACCACUCAACAGCUGGAGGAGAAGCUAAAGGAAAAAGUUGACAAGCCACUCAUGGAGAGGAUUAAUCUAACAGGAGAGAUGGACACCUUUAGCACUGUGAUCUCCAACAGCAUCCAGCUUUUGGUUCAGGAUCUGGAUGCCGCAUGUGACCCAGCCCUCACAGCCAUGAGCAAGAUGCCAUGGCAGAGCGUGGAGCAUGUUGGUGACCAAAGCCCUUACGUCACUUCUGUCAUCAUGCACAUUAAACAAAAUGUACCCAUCAUCAGAGACAACCUGGCUGCCACACGCAAAUACUUCACCCAAUUCUGCAUCAAGUUCAUCAACUCCUUUAUUCCAAAGUUCAUUAACCACCUGUUCCGCUGUAAACCCAUCAGCAUGGUUGGAGCUGAGCAGCUUUUAUUGGACACACACUCUCUGAAGACGGUUUUGUUAGACCUCCCAUCCAUUGGCUCUCAAGUCCUUCGCAAAGCUCCAGCAAGUUACACUAAAAUAGUGGUCAAAGGGAUGACUCGGGCAGAGAUGAUUCUAAAGGUGGUCAUGGCCCCUCAUGAGCCAUCAGUCGUCUUUGUGGAUAAUUAUAUCAAGCUUCUCGCUGAUGGCAACCCAGAGACUUUCCAGAAAAUUCUAGACAUGAAGGGACUGAAGCGCAGUGAGCAGAACAGUAUGCUGGAGCUCUUCAGACAGAGGUUGCCCACUCCCCCCUCAGGGCCAGAUACAGGGCCCUCAAUGUCCUUCAGUGCGCCAACCCCUGAGCAGGAGUCUUCACGCAUCCGCAAACUGGAGAAGCUUAUCAAAAAACGAAUUCAGUGAUCUUCAUCAAUGCAUUACACAGGACUCGUUAAAGCUAUAUGUGAUUAUGGCUUUCUUGCAGUGUCUUAACUUAUAAAAUAUUCAAAGAUCAAAGUGGCAUUAUUCACACAUGUUAAAGUUGGUAAAAGAGAACAUUCCCAUUAACAUGAAUCAGCCGCCUUGUACUGAAACGCUUAAAAUAAUGAAGCUUUCAUUCCAUUAAUUAACGUAAACCCCAUGAAUCAAUAGUUGUUUGUAAAAUUUCCUGUAACACAUUGCUGUGUUGCUGGCAUGUAUGAGUCAUUUACCCUAGUGUCCCUGAGUUUUUCCUCCUUUUUUUCUUUUAUAACACUAAUGCACAGGCUUUCCAUAGUGGCUGAAUGCAUGUCAUUUACUUUGCAGAUUUUUCUGAAAUAUGUUUGCACUUAAAGCAAAGUGGAUGGCAGAGCAGUCCAGAAAAAUACCCUGCUGCUACUUUGGCACAAAUUCUUCCGGCUUGGGAGUUUGAACAUCAGAAUGAUUUAAAGGUAGUGUUUUCUCUAAAUGUCCCCUUCACCCUCUCCAUUACAGUAAAUGGCACUUUGCAAAUGGUGUGUGUUAGAGGACCCGGGGUGUAAAUGAUAUGAGUCUGUAAUUCAGUUUCCAGGUUUAGGAGUAGAGCCCUAGGUGCUCUAUGCCACAGAGAAACGAGGGAUUUCCUGUCUCUCAGUGGGACACAAACGAGUUGCCUUUCUUCCCCUUGGAAUGGACAAAACUGUAAAGGUUUAAAGAUGUUUUGAGAUAUUUAUCAGCACAUGAGCAGAUCCUAUGUACAGUGUCUUUCUAAAACUCUACAGUGUUUGAAAGGGCCUUAUUAGGGACUCUGGAUAACCGUCAUAAUCUCGUCUCAUUAGAUUUGAUGAUUAAGGGUGAACGUGUGAACUGUUCAUAUGAUUUUCUCUGUCUGUAUGUGUUUGCCUGUUAAUGGAUUUGAGUUUAAAGAUUUUUCAGGAUGUAUAAGGUGGUGCUUUGGCCAUCUGUGUAGUACUUUUUACUCUGACUACUGCUUCUAAUCAUACAAUUGACAUUAAAAGACCUGGCAAAGA